GAUUUUCAGCAAGCAUUAAUAAUUGUUGAUUCAAGAUUCCAUGCUAACGUUUUAUUGAAGAACAGAGAAAUAAGUUUGCUUCACAAAGAUAAAUGGUCGGGUACUUAUGAAGGUGUAAAUUGCCGUGUAGUUAAUAUACA